CAGGAAGUAAUAGUAGGCCAAGGGGUUUUGUGGACACGGGACAGUAUUUGGUAGCUGUUCGCUGAAGUUCAGAGGGAGUUGAUGGUUCAGCGAUUUGACACCGAAGAGGUGACAGUUCUCAAACAGCACCGACCGAAAUGAGCGGCCAAAAAGAAGUCAGUUUUGAUCCAAAAGAGCACCAGCACCUGCGUUAUAACCCUCUGCGGGACACCUGGGUCCUGGUAUCGGCCCACCGCAUGAAGAGACCCUGGGCAGGUCAGGUAGAAAAACCUCCUGAGGAACACAUACCAAGAUAUGAUCCCCACAACCCACUCUGUCCCGGGAACACACGUGCACAUGGAGAGGAAAAUCCAGACUAUGACAGCACUUUUGUUUUUGAAAAUGACUUCCCCGCUCUUCAGCCAGAUGCUCCAGAUCCUGGUUCGGAGCAACAUCCAUUGUUCCAGUCUAAAGCUGCUAGGGGCGUCUGUAAGGUCAUGUGUUUCCAUCCCUGGUCCGACAUCACCCUCCCUCUCAUGAAAAAACAAGAGGUUGUCAAGGUGAUUGACAAAUGGGCGGGGCUUGUUGAAGAACUAGGCACCACAUACCCCUGGGUUCAGAUCUUUGAGAAUAAAGGAGCUGUGAUGGGUUGUUCAAAUCCACAUCCUCACUGUCAGGUGUGGGCCAGCAACUUCUUGCCUAAUGAGCCGGCUCUGUCAGACCGCUGUCAGAAAGCCUACUAUCAGAAACACGGAGAGCCAAUGCUGCUGCAAUACGCCGAACAAGAGGCUGAGAAAAAGGAGCGUGUGGUGGUGGAGAGUUCUGAUUGGCUGGCGGUGGUUCCGUAUUGGGCAACGUGGCCCUACCAGACGCUGUUGUUACCAAGACGACAUGUUUUCAGAAUCAAUGACCUGACAACAGAGGAGAGGGAGGGUCUGGCUGACAUUAUGAAGCGACUGCUGACCAAGUAUGACAAUCUGUUUGAAAUCUCUUUCCCCUACUCCAUGGGCUGGCACGGAGCCCCGACUGGCCCCCACUUAAAGGAAGAUAACUCUCACUGGCAGCUGCAUGCUCACUACUACCCUCCUCUGCUGCGUUCAGCUACAGUUAAGAAGUUUAUGGUGGGGUAUGAGAUGCUCGCCCAGGAGCAAAGGGACCUCACCCCUGAACAGGCUGCUGAGAAGCUAAGGAACCUACCAGAGGAGCACUACAAAACCAGAGAGAACCAGGAAAAAAGAGGAGAAAAAGAAGAAGAAGGGGGAGGAAGGUCAAAGUCAAACAAGUGAAACAAUGUGUGUGAUGAUUAGAAGACAGGGGGAAAUACAGCUUUAUUUAAACCACAAUACACCUUUUAGAAAUAUAUACGGUUGAUGUAAUGCUUUUGUUCUGGAAGUACUGUAAAAAAUAACAUUUAAAGCUCAUGAUGAGUGAUUAACAUACUUCUCUGAACUGGUGCAACAUGUUAAAGUGCCUUUGCAAACACAGAACAUUAAGAUAUUCUAACUUGCACACUAUACAGUACAUGGUUAUAUUUUUAAUACAUCUUUGUGUACAAUGCAGGUACUGGGCUCUUUACUGCAAUUACGAAAUGGACUUCAAACACAGUGUGCAAUGGAACCCGUCCUCCAUGUUUUAGGGAGAUAAUGAGAGAACAUUAUUCUUUUCUUCUCUGCUGUCCCUUCUGUUGAAUUUAAACAAACUUUGUUUGUUGUUUGGUUAUGUUGGAAACCUUUGAACCACAAAGCUUUUGCUUCCAACAACACAAUGAGUUAUUUGUGAUUCAAAUGAAUGCCUUUGUUUCUUGUAAAUGUUUUUACAUGGAAAAUAGCACUCGAAUAAGUUAACUCUUUUACAGCUUUCAGCCUCAAAGGUGUGACAGUAAUGCUUAAUUUGAUAUAGAAAAUAAAUAAUUGAACAGAUGCCAUGUCUCCUGCCAUAUUCAGAUUUGAAAUGAUUAAAACAUAUUGAUUAUAGAGUUGGAACAUGUCUGGAAUUAAAUACUCAAUGUUU